AUUUCCUCGGCGCCCCCGCGGCGGCGCGGCUGCAUCAGCGCUGACGUGAGGCCGACGUGCGGCUCCGCCCGGCUCGGUCCCCCCCACCCCCUGUGACGGGGGCAGCACGUACAGGGCGGCGGACUGAUGACCAUGGAAAUGGUUGAACAGGAUGACAAUGCAGUGGAUUCUAUGACAGAGAGAAGUGCUGGUCACCUUCAGAAUCAGCCAGGCCAAAGUCAGAUUUCCUCAGGAUCUGAGGUUUCUGUAGCUGCUUCCAGUGCUGGAAGAGGAUCUCCAGCUGUUACUCUAGUGCAGUUGCCUUCUGGUCAAACUGUUCAUGUCCAGGGUGUCAUUCAAGCCACACAGCCCUCAGUCAUUCAGUCACCACACAUGCAAGCUGUUCAGGUAGCAUCGAUUGCAGAUGAAGCUGCACAAUCAGAAGUGAUAAUUGAUUCUCAAAAACGUAGGGAAAUACUUUCAAGAAGGCCUUCAUACCGAAAAAUUUUGAAUGAGCUCUCAUCAGAUGCUCCUGCAAUAGCGAAGAUUGAAGAAGAAGAGAAGUCAGAAGAUGAAGGAACGCCUUCUGGUAUUUCUGCAAUGGCCAUGCCAACCAGCCUGUAUCAUACUAACACAGGGCAAUACCUUACCAUAUCUCAAGGUGGUACAAUUCAGACUGUGACAAAUUCAGGAGCUCCUCAGCCAGGUGCUACCAUUGUGCAAUAUGCAGCGCAGUCAUCUGAUGGCACACAACAGUUUUUUGUUCCUGGAAGCCAAGUUGUUGUUCAAGCUGCCACUGGAGACAUGCCAGCUUACCAGAUUCGAACUCCCACUACUACCUUACCUCAAGGAGUGGUUAUGGCAGCCUCGCCAGGGACUUUGCAUAGCCCUCAGCAAAUGGCAGAAGAGGCAACACGCAAGCGAGAGCUGAGACUUUUGAAAAAUAGGGAAGCUGCCAGAGAAUGUCGCAGAAAGAAGAAAGAAUAUGUCAAAUGUCUUGAAAAUCGUGUGGCUGUGCUUGAAAACCAAAACAAGACUCUCAUUGAGGAACUCAAGGCCCUCAAAGAUCUUUAUUGUCAUAAAGCAGAAUAACUGUCUUUCAUUUGGACCUCCUUUAUUAUGAACUUUAAUCAAGGCAUGAGAGGAAGCAAUUCUACAGAUUGCCAUAUGAACUUGAGAAAGAGACACUUGAGGCCCUUGUGGAACCCAGUUUUGCUUAGUGUUUUCAGACUGAUUUGGGAGAUAUUCCAAAAUUUGGAAUUCUGUCAUAGUCUCCAUACUCUGCUGAGCUUUCUAAUGGCAUGCAAAUGGCUUUUUUGUUUGCACUUUUUACUUCUGCUUUUUGCAGGGAAGCUGCUAAAGAAUGUCGACGUCGGAAGAAAGAAUACAUAAAAUGUCUGGAGAGUCGUGUUGCAGUGCUAGAAGUUCAGAACAAGAAACUUAUACAGGAGCUUGAAACCCUAAAAGACAUUUGCUCUUCCAAAACAGAUUAGUAAAAAUAUUUAUUAUACUGUGAACUAAGAUAUGUCCAGUUGCUUUGUAAGACAAUACAUAGCCAACAUGACUUACAGCUUUCUCUUUGUGUCAUUUAUAAUAUAUUCCAACUCCUAACAUUCCUGAAUGCUUUCCUGCUUUUUGUCAAUUCAUAGCUCUAAUUUCAGGUUUUUAAUGCACCAUCCUUCUGUCUCCCAAGGAGCCAAAAGUUAAAAAUAUAACAAAGUAAAAAAGCGCAUAAUUUCUAAGAGCUGUUUCUUUGCCAUAUAUUUACAUACUACUUUUUACAUGUUACUGAGUGUCCUGCACAUUCAAAAUAUUUUGCAGUUGUUUUAGAUGAAUCAUAAAGAUAAUGCAUCCAGUAAUACAAGAAAAUCAAACAACCCAAGGUAUCUCAGGAAAGAGUUUAUAAAAGAAUGUUAUGAUUAUAUGUAUGUACUAGCAUACUAGUCUACAGAUGAUUUUAUGGCAUAUUUUUAUAUUAGUUGCUUCGUGGAAAAAAGUAUUGUAUUGCUGUCACUGAGUGCCAUGGUUAAAGAUAGUUUUUAAUAGAACCAUGUUGUUUAACCUGUGUAGUGUCUGAUUUCCUUUAAAAACCUGGUUGAGAUGCUUUAAAAUCCACGAGUAUCUGAAAGAAGACAAAGGGAAAAAAGCACACCUAAGCUCAUGACAUGAUGAAAGUGUAUUGUAAAUACCUGUAAGAAGUUCUCUGUUAUAUAGCUGCUAUUUACUUAAAUUUUCUGUAAUCUGCAGAAUAUUUGAUUCAUUGGAGGUCUAUAUAUAUCAAAAUUUAAAUGUUCAUCCUGAAUACUUCACAUUCUGGAUCCUGUACACCUGUGGACAGUUGCCUGUAGUGAAGAUUGAUGGUGCAGUUCUUUUCACAGACUACUGACUGGUGGUCAAGGUCUCCUAAAGAAGGAAGCUUUCCAAUAAAUAGUAACUAUUUGCUGAUUCACUGGAUUCUGGAGUAGCCUACAGAUGAGAGCUGAAGAUUUUUAAAACAAACCCAUGUUUAAAACCUGAUUACAGCUCUCAUAAAUGCAGUAUGUGCCAACUUUCCAUUGUGCUUUGAAAAAACUAGUGCACAGGCAAAGUUGCUUCUGGGUAUUUUUUAAUUCAUGAGUGAUCUAAUUGUUUGGCCAGUACAGUCUAUGAGCAGAGCAUUUGGGAACUUUGCUGGAACUAAUAGCACCAUUGCCUUACUGAUGUGGUAGGAAGAAAGGGCUGAAUCCUACUUAAUUUGCUUUACUGAGGGGUGGGUGUGUGUGAGAGUGUGAGUGUGUGGAAGGGAGGAGGGAUGGAAUCAUACUGAAGUCAUUGAGACUUCCUCAUUUAAUUUAAACUCAAUUUGCAUUUAACCCUUUUCACUCUGACCCUGUUGGGAUGGAUUGGUUUAUGUAUAUUUUUUUUUUCCUAAAUUACUUGAAAUACAUAGGAUAAUUUUCUUGAAUAUUUUGAAAAUCACACUGGUACCUAAGUGAGACCAUUUGUAAGAAGAGGUAUUCUCUCUCACUUCCUGCAGCCACAUCAGUUGAUUUAAGGAGGUAACAAGAUGCCUUUGGCCUCUAAGACUCUGCUGGAGGUUUGGAACAAAAGUAAAGUAGACUUUGAAAUACCUUCUUCACUGUGAAAAUACAUCUGAAGUGCUAAGGUCAGCAGAAAUCAAAGGGUUUGUUCAGGUUGGACAGGAUGAAUGCAAUCUGAAGGUCCAUGUUGCAGCCUCUGUAGUGCAACAAGUUGUUUGUUGUGGCUCUCUCACUAAAGUCUGUUUUCUGUUACAAGUAGGCAUUGCUCCUGACUCACAAAGGAUUUGGAAACUUAAAUAGAAACUUUGUGUGUGGUAGAUGUAUGUCUCCAGUAAAAAGUCCCCUUUAUCUUCACAAUAGUAUCUGGUACUAACUACAGUUAGAAAUUUGAUGGGAGGAAUCCUUGUCUGUUCUACAUCUGUGUAGUUUAUACUAAUUUCUUUACUAGUAGAAUCAUAGAAUGGUUUGAGUUGGAAGGAACCUUAAAGAUCAUCUAGUUCCAAACCCCCGUGCCAUGGGCAGGGAUGCCACUCACUACUAAAUCAUGUUGCUUAGAGCUCCAUCCAACCUAGCCUUGAAUGCUUCCAGAGAUGGGGCAGCUACAUCUUCACUGAGCAACUUGAGUGAUAACCUCUGAGUAAAGAAUUCAUUCCCAAUAUAUGAUGUGAAUAUCCCCUCUUUUCUUUACAACCAUUGCCCUUUGUACUGCCACUGUCUGCCUGUGUGAAAAGUCCUCUUCUUUUUUCCUGUAAGUCUCCUAUAAGUACUGAAAGGCUCGGUGAGGUCUGUCUGGAGCUUUCUUUUCUCCAGGAUGAAAAAGCCCAGCCAUCUCAGGCUGUUUUCGUAGGAGAGGUGCUCCUGCCCUGUGAUUAUGUUUGUGACUCUCCACCAAACCUGCUCUAACAGGUCCAUGGCUUUCCAGCUGAGGCCCCCAGAGCUGGAUGCAGCGUUGCAGGUGGAGUCCUGCCAGAGCAAAGGGGCAGAAUCCUCUCCCUCACCUGCUGUCCACCCUGCUUUUGAUGCAGCCCUGGAUGCUUGGCCUUCAGGACAGCAGGCACACACUGAAGUAGAAUGAUGGAUGUGGUGUAGAAAAAAGCCUUUUCAAUAGUAUUCUUUAUAUAGAAACAUCAAGUGAAUCUGUGUUGGUUUAUUACAAGAGAAUUUGAGCACUGCCCAAGCUUUGAUUUGGCAGAGCCAGGAAUUUUGUUUUUUCAUUAUCAGGAAAAGAGGCCAACAUAGUUGUGUUUUUUUCCUUUCUGUUAGAAAACUGCAUUUCUAUGGUAUGAAAUUAUUUUCUUGCUGAAACCACACAAUUGCAAAUUUCUUUAAGAUAGACGGCUAAAGGAUUGACCUUUGAGGGAAAGUGUACAAAGGACUGCAUGGAUUUUGUUUUUUUUCAAAAUAGAUUUUCAUGUAGCUCAGGUAAAAUAGUCUCUUGUAAAAUGUCUUUAGCUUCCUAGAGUUGUGGGCGAUGAGGAAUGUAAUAGUCAGCUUCCUCUUAAGGUACAGCUUUGAGUCAUAGCUGUUUUCUUCUUAAACAGAUGUGCAAAGUGAAAUCUCUAUAGAUUAUCCAGUCAGAUCUUUCUUGACUCUCUAAAACAGCCUCAGCUGUUUGGGAUAGUGAAGAAAGGGAUUAAAAUAAGUAUAUUGAGUAAGUAAGUAUCCUCUACACUUUUGGGAGGACUUUUUGAUUGUUAGUCCUAUAGAUUUUGCUGUUUGCAAGAAGAAUUGCGGAUAUUUAUUUUUUUCUUUUCUGUACUGGUGCAGUGCUGAGGAGUGCAAGUUGUCUCCUGCUUGGUUUUCCUUCAGUUCUUGUCACAUGUAAUUGCAUAUCUCUACUGGUACCCUGCAGACAUCAGUGUAAUAGUUAAAUUCAGCAUGAUCUUUUCCUGAAUUAAGUAUCACUUCAAAGAAAACUUAGGGGUCUGCUCAGCUUCUGGUUUGGAUUGACUCAUUUUGUCCACAGUUUUUUCUGUUUCAUCCCCUUGGUGUUUAGUGUGUGGGUGUGUACAUGGCAAGACUGUAGUGAGUGCUGAGCUGUUAAGCAGCUGACAGAAGUAACUGUCUUUUGGUUGUCAGCCUUUCUGUAGAAAAUAUUGUCCUGUGGGGAGGGGGUCUAGUUUUUUGGAGAUUUUUUCUUAAGGCACAUGAGGCCCUUCUGGAUGACAAUAAAAGUGAUUUCAUUAUUCCAGCAAAAGUGUUCUUGUAUUUGCUUGAUUUAAUAACUGCGGAAAAUAAUUUAGGUAAAUUUUAGAGCAAUUUGAUAGUCUCUGAGGCCAUCUGGAAAUGGCAGGUCACAAAAAUCCAUUUAUUCUUCUGUGUCUAAUGAAUCUUUAGUCUAUUUUCUGAGGUUUCUGUUUUUUUCUUAAUUCUGAGUUAGAUCUUCCUUCUCGCAACAGGUUUGUUCAGUACAAUAUGAAGCAGAAGCUGUGUAUAUGCACUAAGUCCGAGAGAGUAGUGUGUGAGUAAAUGCUGCAUGUAGACUAAGGAAAAAAAAUAACUUCAUUGUAUUCAUUGACUUGAAUGGAAAAAACAGUGAAGGAAGUGUCUUUGUUAUGGUAACUGCUGAGCUUUUUCCUCUCCUUUAAUAGCCUUUGUCAGUGGAAUUGGGUGUGAUUAAUACAUCUUGUGAA